CUUUGCGGUAUAUUGAAGCCAGGUCACCUGAUCACUGCUGCACCAAGGAGAAAGAUGUCGCUGACAGACUGGCGAAGGAUGGAGGCUGUACUAUCCGCGGCGUUUGCCCUCUGCUUCCUUGUCACAACCGGUGUGCAUGGAGACAGUUUAACGAUUCUGCAGUCUCCAGAGUUUGUGUCCUUCCAGAAGGGAGACUGGGCCAUCUCUGGAGAAAAGAUCCCUGACCUGGUGGCUUUAACCAUGGGUUUCUCCGUUCAAGAGGAUCUGUCGUGGCCAGGCCUUCAGGCUGGCCCGUUGUUCCAGCGUCCCCGUGCCAACGUACUGGUGGUGGUGAGAGGCGUGGAUAGCCUGGCCCUGCCUCAGAGUGUGGCCUCCUAUCCCUUGGAGAAUCCGGUACCCUUCACCUUGGAUAGUGUUGCAGAGACGAUUCACUCUCUUUUUGCUGAGGACACUCCUGUAGUGCUGCAGCUGGCCCCCAGUGAGGAGAGGUUGUACAUGCUGGGGAAGGCCAAUGCUGUGUUUGAGGACCUACCUGUCACCCUGCAGCAGAUCCGUGCCCGUCUGUCCCAGGAUGGCUCUGUGCUGGCCUCCCUGCCGCUCAACUCCCUCAGUAGAAAUGCAGAGGCUGAUUUGCUUUUCCUGUCUGAGGUCCAGGUACUGCACGACAUCACAGCUCUGCUGCAGAGACACAGACAUUUGGCGAAGGACCACUCACCUGACCUGUAUUCUUUGGAGUUGUCUGGUCUGGAGGAGCUCAGCAGGCUCUACGGCCAGGACUCGCCCCAGUACCGCGAUGCCACUGCCAUUCUCGCCUCUGUCCUGCAGAAAUUUGGAGAGGAUGUGUAUGGUCUCUAUGGCAACAGCGCCGUGGUGGAGGUUGUCACAGUCAAGACCUUCGAGGCUCCUUUAACCAGGAAGUCCCGAUCGAUCCUGGAAUCCCAACAGAUCAGCAACCCCGGCAGCCCUUACAACCUGGCCUACAAGUACAACUUCCAGUACGCUGUGAUCUUCAACAUCGUGCUGUGGCUGAUGAUCGCUCUGGCUCUCGCCGUCAUCGUCGUCGCCUACAACCUGUGGAACAUGGACCCGGGGUACGACAGCAUCAUCUACAGGAUGACCAACCAGAAGAUCAGGAUGGACUAAGUCCUGACCGUCAGCACUCCGCUUGUCCCCUUGGAUCCCUCUAGUGAAUGUUUGUGUUUUGUGUGAGGUCUCGUUUAGUGGGUGGUGGGGGGAGACAAAUAAAUAAAUAAAUAAUUAAACAAACAAACUGUCACAGCUUGAUGGGAGGAAGUGGCGUAAUACUGAGUCACCUCUUUGUUUACAGGAUAACAAAAAAAUAAAUACAAAAUCAACAUUAAAUUAGUGGUUACAUUUUCUUACAUGAAGCGGUUUGAUAUCCUCCACUGAUGUAUACACUGAACCCAGUCAGACUUCCUCCCUUCAACCUCAGCUCACAUCAUUCCUUAAGACUUAAACUCCUCACUAACUAUGUUUCAUUUGUUUCCCUGGUGAUUGCAACCGUAUUUUUAUUGUAAAAAUAAUAAUAUUGUAAUAUGAAUGAAUGUCUGGUUCCUGUGUGAAAUUGUGGUGCUUGUCUUGCUGUGUGAAAUGUUUUAAGUUAAAUAAAAUCUACGUGUAUAUAUUGAAUAUACAAAUGCAACUGUAUGAGAAACUUCUGCGCUCUUAUUGUGAAAAAGAUGUUGGCAGUGUUUUAUCCCUGUGGGUUUUCACCCUGCUUCCAUUUCAAAUGCUGAAUACAUAUUGGAUUACAUGAAUAGUUGAUCAUUAUGUAGUUAGGAUUGGACAAGGAUAAAUGAAGCUCUGUACAUUGCAAUAAAAUGCCUGACAAUAAAUUAUUAAAUGUA